AUGAAUGUGAGGGGCGCCCUGGACGCAGCGCCCGGCAGCGCGGCGCGGGGCGGCGGCGGCGGCGGCCGCCCAGCCCGAAACCGGCCGCGGCCCUGCGCGAACGGGCCAGCCGCCCCAAGCGCUUCGACAGAAUUCGGCGGGCGGCGCAGCACGCCGAAGCGCCCGUUGAGGAUGCCAGGCGGGUGCGAAGACGCAAACGCGUGCAUGCCACCGAAGGCGGCGCCGCGGCCGCCGCCAAUCUGCCGCAGCAGCGGACGUGACGCCAGCGCUCGGCCGGCGCCAGGCGGUCGCCCUGCAGCCGAGGCGGCGCGGCGCUGGAAGCAGCCGCGCCGCUCCGCCGGCGUGGCGCGUGCAUGCACGCAUGAGCCCGCCGUGGGGCCGCGGCCCGGCCCAAAGGGCGGGGCGCUCGUGGGCCGGCGCCUCAGGGCAGCGGCUCCUGCACGUUGCCCAACCGGUUGA